AUGUCGCCCUGCUCGGUACCUGACAGCUGCGGGUGCAAGUACACGCAGCACGCAGCACCGACCUCGUCACAGACCCCACCGAACCCAGAAUUCCAAUAUACAGCCUCCAUCUCGCACCAACGACCCGGGCGGAAUGACACCAGCCUGGGCAAGGCUCCGGCGGAGAAUAACAAGCGUUGUCGUGACGGAGGUGGGUUUUGCUGCCGGUAUUGGAAUGUCAUCACGGCCACGGCCGUGCCCGCCGCCCUCGCUGGUCUCUGA